AUGGAAAGGAGCUUCAUAACGUCUCUUCAUGGGCGAUUGCUGUCCACUGAAGAUCCCCAAUCGAACGGCGAUGAUCUCGUCGUAUCUGCCAUUAGAGGUUUUACCAAUCUGUCCUUCGAGGCUAGAAGAAAGAUCUUCGAGAGCUCGUAUAGCGACCUUGGCGAGUUUCGCCUGACGUAUAUAUGGUUGAUGAGUGUAUUAUUGGAUUUGCCUUUUGCUAGAAAGCGGGCUCUAUGGGCUUUGAACGAGAUGACAGAUUCUCCCUGGGAUGGGGUUGAAAUCGAGGAGGAUGGGCGAGGGAGGGAUAUCCUCUGUGAGGCGCUCUGGAGAUUGGUGCACUCCUCAGCUUACGGGGAAUUGGCCACUCGAUGGGACUGGCAAGGUGUGCUGGAGAAGCUGGCAGUGAAGAGCCUCGUAGCGGCACAGGCUCUUGAAACCGUAAAAGGAACUGCUGAACUCGGCCGAAAGCCCCUGAUUCGGUCGCUGGAUGAACUUGCCAUUGGCGGCACGGAUGGUGGGUGUGGAGAAUGUCAAGUGGAGGCGGCUGACUUAACGGAAGGGCAACGGAAGGCUGUGAACGACCUGUAA